AUGACGACAAUGGGCGGUGGAUGGACGGCAAUUCAGAAACGCUUAGACGGAUCGAUGACCUUUAACAGGACCUGGACGGAAUAUAAAAAUGGCUUUGGUUCACCAGCACAGAACGUCUGGAUUGGAAAUGACGUAAUCCAUAAAUUAACAAAAGAAAACACCUCAUCCCUGUAUGUGUCCAUCACUCUCCAGAAUGGUACAACGCUGUAUGAAAUGUACGACGGAUUCUCUGUCUCCGACGAAGCAGGAAAAUAUCAACUCUUUCUUGCAGGACCUGCCAAUGGGACUUUAGGGGACUCUAUGUUAAACACGGGUUAUUCUGGUAUUAAUCUGUCUGGGAUGUCCUUCAGUACCCCAGACAGGGAUAACGACAGGUGGAGUGCUGGUAACUGUGCUGUUCUCAGUGACCGUAGAGGAGGCUGGUGGUUUAACUGGUGUCACGCCGCCUUCCUUAACGGUCAAUGGUCCCCGGAGUCCUGGUACAGACCAUGGUUUCCUACAGUGACUGAUGGUAAACAGAUAAAGGAGACUCUCAUGAUGAUCAAGCGUCGCUAG